AUGUCGCGUCUGGCUGCCUGUGAAGCCUGUAGAAAGGCUAAAUUGGCAUGCGACCACAAGCUGCCAGUCUGCUCGCGUUGUGAUACUAAUAAGGGGAUUUGUAUCUACAGAACCACACCCUUUAAGCGCAAAAGAGCAGAGAACCAGAGCAUUGGUUCACCAGAUGAAUCACACUCAUUUAAUCCAAGACGCAAUCCAUACCCAAACCCUGGGUAUUUAGGGUCGUCCAGCCAUGCAGCUAUAUUCAAGCACAUCACCCCGGACGGAGACCAUGUCUCUGGUAGCUGCCAAGCAGUACCAGAAGCUUUGCACUCAGACUUGUUUGGGGACAACCAUUUGGUCCUACAAGGCGCCGAUAUUCUCAAGCAUUUAUUGACAACAUACAAGUUGUCCGCUAUGACAGACCUGAUCAUGUUCUGGUUAGCUAAAGGGGCCAAUCUAGCGCUAGCAGAGCCCUUCGUGAAUGAAUGUGCCCAAAGUGUGAGCCAACUGUUCACCUAUCAUGAUGUGAACUGGCAUCUAGUCUACGCAAGACGCCUCUUGUAUAACUCGGCUCAACCACUACAGUUCGAUGAAACCUCUGAUUUGGCCAGUUUCUCAGCCCAGUUUCUAAAUCAUAAUUCACGCUGGGAGACACUGGGAAUAUUCUUUGCUGCUGUUAGCCGAGCCUCAAUUGAUAUCUCGUUCUUCCCAUCUCUAUAUACCACCGAGCAAGAACAGUACACCCUCCGACGACUGUGUACAAAACUUUGCGACUUCGCAUUAGAGAUCUCCCUCUCUCUAGAUUGUCUGAACGACCUGCAAUUGAUCAUGCAAUAUGAAAAUUUCAUUGUUCAUUCCUAUGUGGAUGGUGAUCAGAGCUACCAUUCAUGGCGCAAACUAGGUGACGCAAUAUCCUCUACCUUUGCCCUGGGCUAUCAUGAGAAUAUCGCAGCCAAACCAGGCAUCCCACUAUUUUUAAAAGAGCUGCGCAAAACCGCCUUCGCACGCAUCUACUCCGCAGACAAGAACAUAGCAAUCUUCCUCGGUCGCCCACCGCGAAUGAACAAGCGAUUCUGUCACUUCCAGAUCCCAUACUGCCCGAAAGCAGAAUCUGCAGACUGGACUCCAGAUGUGGAGGCCGGGUACAGGGCUGAUACGCGGUGGUCUGCACUAUGUGCUUCUCUGAAAGAGGAGAUCUGGGAACUUCUCCAAGACAAGCAUGACCCCUCGUGCGCACAGCGAGCAAGCGUGAUACAAUGUCAAGCAGAGAGACAGUGGCAAAGCCUGCCAUCCCACUUCCGACUCGAGAGCAGUCUCAAGAAAUGCACGCAAGGCCCCUUGGAGCGGGAUUUUGUUGCCGGUGUCCGACUUCACCACUUACAUGUACUAUUUCUGCUCCGUCUCCUUCUACUGAAAUCACCGACUGAGCCGGAUUUGCCUAUUAUUGAGACGGCAGGACAAAUGCUCAAUCUUGUUGUGGAGGUGAUUCUUCUGCGGGAUCAACUCAUUAAUUCUGGAACCGGUCUUAUUUGGAAGGUUGCAUACUACGGUCUCCCCGCAGCGGGGAUAAUGCUUCUGGCCAUGUUGAAACAGCGCAUGCCACGAGAGCACCGGACGCGGUCAUUGCAAGAUCUCAGUGUGUUUGCUGCUGAGGUGCAGAUCGGGACGAUUGUGAAAGCCGGAGAACCGAAUUACCCGUUGCUUUCGAAGGCCACGAGGACUAUACAGCGGUUUCUAGAUUCGACGCAUUCAGACCCGGCACAGCCUCUACCUGAACUGGCUGAACAGGAGGGGAAUGACGAGUGGGCGGCGAUGUUGAGUCAGGAUCUGUGGGAAUUCGAGUCAGGGUUCUGGCAGAGUUUGGCAGAUCAUCCGUCUUUGUUAGCUAUUGAGCCUUCUUUGCCUCCUGUUUGA